AUGGAAGGGCUGAUUCAUAGAUUUAAGACAGAACUUUUGAGAAAGCUUGAUUAGCGCUCCUCUAGCAAAUCGGGAGUAGAAGCAACUUUGAUUAAAUCAUUUAAGUUUUUUGACUUAUAGAACAAUGGCUUGCUCUCAAAAAAUGAAUUCUUUAGAGGACUUGCAAAAGUUGGAGUUGUUCCUGAAAUAGAUGAAACAGAUAAGCUUUUUAACUACUUUGAUGAAAACAAAACGGGAAAAAUAGAUUAUAAAGAAUUUACAGCAUUUAUUUUACAGAAAUCUGAAUCUGCAAAGUCUUAACAAUCUAAUUCUUAAUUCGGUUAAGAUUCAUAAAUUGAUAAUGCUUCUAGCGUAUCAUCUAAAUAAAAUAUUGGAUAUACAUAAAGCAAAGUACCUCGUGACGAUUUAUAAGAUUGUGAAAGAUUCUACGAAAAAGUCAGACAAACUCUUUCACUAAAAGGGGCAUCAGGUCUCUUAAGUUUUGCUUUAAUGUUAAAGGUCUUAGAUAACACAGGAAGAAAAACAAUAAACAUAAAUUAGUUAGAAAGUGCCUUAAGUGACUUUAAAAUUUAGGAAGAUCCUGCUGUUAUUGAAAAAGUAUUUUACUACCUUGAUAAGCAUAAUUAUGGUAGCAUCAAUUAUGAAGAUUUCUUGAAUAAGCUAAAAGUACCUUUAAAUCCAUUUAGAAAAAGUCUAAUAACUCAAGCAUACACAUUUUUAGAUAGAUCUAAUUUUGGAGUUAUAAACACUGCAGUUGUAAAAAGUUCAUACAAUCCUUCAAAUCACCCAGAUGCGGUCAACGGAUUUAGAGGAGAAGAAGACAUAAAAUUAGAAUUCCGUAGCUCAUUUGAGAGUUAUCUUGAUUUAAGAGAUAUUCAUGAUGACAAAAUGACCUUCGAAGAUUUUGUAGACUAUUAUACAUUUUUGAAUCAUUUAUGGGAAGGCGAUGAAUCAUUUAAAUAAUAUAUCACAAAUAUCUGGAAACCUGAUGUUAAUAAUAAUAAGGGAAGUAAGUACAGCUAAAAUAAUUUCACUCCUGAUAGAAAUUAAUUUUCCCCUCCUAUUAAAAAUACAAUUAUGGGAAACGAUCAUCUCAGUUAGUAAGUAAACUAGGUUUCUUAAUUUGAUUAGCAAGAUAGAAGAAUAAAGUAAGGAAACUUCGAAGAUGAUAGAUAUUCUUAAUAGUCAUAGCAAUAGAAUAAUAAUGCUAGACCUUUUGAUUAGCAAUCUUAAUUAUCUAGAUAGAGUUAGGCACAAGGAAAAAAUCAGUAUGGAUCAGUAGCAAAUAAUUUAAGAUAAGUAGAAUUUGAUAGAUAAUCUCAGUAAUCUUAGUAAAGAUAAAGAUAGUAAAUCGGUCCAGCAUCAUAGCAAGUAGAUUAGGAUACUUAAAGUAUGUGUUCUUAGGCAACAAGCACACGCUUCAUGCAAGAAAAUAAUGUUUCUCAAAGAUAAAUAGAAUUAAUUUUGAUAAGAAUCAAAAACAGACUAGCAAGCAAAGGUCCCAGAGGAUUCUUAACACUAGAAAGACAGCUAAAAACAACUGAUGUUGAUAAUGAUGGAAGAUUAAAUUUAGUAGAGUUUAAAAAAUCAAUCAGCAACUUUAAAAUAGAAGUAACUGAAACAGAAGUUACCAUUAUCUUCAAUUUAUUUGAUCCAUAAGAAACUGGCUAAAUAAGUUUGUUUGAAUUCCUAAAUUCUCUUAAAGGAUAAAUGAAUUAAUUUAGAUUUAAUUUAGUAAACGAAGUAUUCAAUAAAAUUGAUCAAUAUGGUGAAAAUGUCAUUACAUUUGCUGAUAUUCAAAGGGAGUUUUAUCCUAGAGCUCAUCCUGAUGUUAAAACUGCUAAGCGCCACGAAGAUGAUAUAGCACAAGAAUUAUUUUCUACACUUGAACUUCAUAAUAAAUUAUAUAGUGAUGUGCCAAGUAAUGAAAUUUCUAGAGAAUAAUUUAUUGACUAUUACAAUAACAUGAGUGCUUCUAUAUAAGAUGAUUAAUUAUUUGAGUCUAUAUUAGUAAACACUUAUAGAUUAUCUUAAUAGAAUUCUUUAAUUAAUAAGUAUGCAGGCUAGAGAAAUGCAUUUGAUCCUGAAAAGAAAGGAUUUUUGCAAGAUCAUCAUAGAUUUAUAGUAAAUGGUGGUACAGUUUCAUCAAAUGCUCCCUUUGGUACCUCACAAGAACCUACUCAUUAUUCAACUUAGCUCAGACCUUAUACAAGCAAUUCAUAAGUUGGCUCUAUGAGAGGAUCUCCUGUUAAAUAACCUAAUCUUUACCCUCCUCGUCGUCCUUAAACACAGGAGCAACCAUAAUAAUAACCUCAAAAAAAUCCUCUUAAUGAAUUUAGAUCUAAAGUUGCUCAAAGAGGAGUUAGAGGGUUCAUUAAAUUAUACUAAAAAUUUAGAAAUGUUAUGAGAGAUAAUUAGAGUGUUAUUUCAUAUCAAUCUUUUGUUUAAGCUUUGAAUGAACUCCGUUUAUAAAUUGAAAAUCCUUAAGAUAUAUUUAAUUAAUUUGAAAGAUAAGGAUCUCUAGAUCUAGAGGAUCUUUUCAAAGCCCUUAAAGGUAAAAUUGCUGAGCAUAGAUAGCAACUAAUAGUACAUUCAUUUACUGGAAUGGAUAGAACCAGAUGUGGAGAAGUCCCCUUGGAACUUAUCAAAUAAACUUACGAUAGCAGAGGUCACCCAAAUGUUAAAUUAGGAAAGGUAUCCGAUGAAGAAGCAUUAUAAGAUUUUAUUGAUUCAUUUGAGCUUCAUAUGCAAACUUUUAACCCAAACAAUUUGAAUUAAGGAAUAGUCCAUUUCAAUGAAUUCUUUGAGUUUUAUCACAUCACAAGCUAAUGUAUAGAAGAUGAUUAAUAUUUCGAAAUUAUGAUGAGAAAUUGCUGGCACUUAAAAACUUAUUGA